AUGAAUUCUAGCGAAUCAGAAGAAUAAGAUGUGAAUAUUGAGGAAGAAGAAUUGAGCAAGCCCAUCAUCCUUGCCUAAGCAACUAAAGGAAUGGAAAUUCAAGAACAUUCAGAUCCAUUCAAUGGCACCUUUGUGUUUUUUGAUGAAGAUCAUACAUUAGGAAACUCCUUACGUUAUAUUUUGGCAAAUUAACCAAAUGUCGAAUUUUGCGGUUAUAGUUUACCUCAUCCAAGUGAAAAUAAGAUGAACAUGCGAUUAUAAACUGUAAAUGAAACAAAAGAGAAAAUAAUGAAUGACGGAUUGAAAUGCUUAUCAUAAAUUUGCGAUAUAAUCGAAGAUAAAUUCAAAAAGGCUUUAGAAAACAAAUGAUUCUUAUUUUAAUGUUUUGCUAUUUCAAUAAUAAGGAAGAAUAA